CACCACCAACGCCAAGAUCCAAAUUGCCCACAACACAAGCCAAUCAACAGAGAAUUCCGGAAACUCUCUUCAUAUCUGUCGCAGGGGAGCUCUCAGCCGUGCCUCUCGUAUAGGAAAUGAAAAUAUGCAGUGGCAGUACCGAGCGGCGCAGGGCAAUGGGAGCGCGGCAAGAAUGGAGGUCAUUCAAGCCGAUCGAGCCCUUUUAACUAUCAAUCCGAACCCCCGAGGUCGAAUAGGGCUCCGUUAGAACCUCCUUCUGCAGAAAGACCGUUCGUACAAGCUGCAAGCACAAGAGGAUACCAUGGGGUCGUUCAGUUUCGGUGCUGCAAUCUCGCGCCCCGGUGCCGCCCUUUCGCUGGCCAUGGCCUCCUCUCUUGUCUUGUCACAUCUCUCCUCAGCUCAAGACGGGAAGUCAUGCCAGCCUUAUACCUGGGAUUCUCUUUCUCAGAUGCGCAUUGCCGCGGCCGAUGACGACUCCGGGCCAACUGAAGGUACCCUUAUCAUUGUUAACCCGGGCGAGGUCAACUGCCGGUAUUGGACCGAUACCCCAAAAGACGUUAGCUAUUACACAUGCUCGGAGCUUGCUCAGCGCUACGAUAUGCCCAGCGACCUUUUUUUCACUCUGAACCCAAGUCUUGAUAGGGACUGUGGUAACAUCAAGCCCCAGACCGAGUACUGCGUCUCAGGGUUUAUUGAGCCCGUUAGGGCUGUUGAUGGUCUCUGCGGCCCUCGUCAUAACAACGCUACCUGUCUCGGAACCGACAAGCAGUGCUGCAACUCGGAGACGUGGGCCUGCGGCGAUUCGACCGAGGACUGCGCCCCUGGAACCUGCUACGAGGGCGACUGUGUGGGCGAUACUGUCUAUAGCACCGAUGGUACAUGUGGACAGGACUACGGCUUUCGCGUCUGCGCUGGCCGCUGGGGAAGUUGCUGCAGCCUAAACGGUCGAUGCGGCACGGGCGACGCUUUCUGUGGUCUCUUUGCCUGCCAGAAUGGGGACUGCGACAUUUGGAAGCAGGACGAACAGCCGGCUGGCACAAAGUGGACGAAAGACGGUACCUGCGGUGGCGCGGAGGGAAUGAGGUGCUCGGCCGAGUGGGGGAGGUGCUGUAACCCAGGACGGGUUUGGAAUCUGUGCCUCGACUUCGACAUCUCCCGUGUCCACACUCACAUCCGCUUCGUCCACGCCUGCGGCCAUUUCGACGUCCACGGUCCCAGGAACCUCGACUCUGGGAACCACCGGGACCUCUGUGACAACCACAGGCACCUCCACAGCGGCUCCCUUUCCCGCCUGUACCGGCGGCUCGAACGCGAUAGGUAUCACAGAAAACCUCAAGGGCCUGUGUUCAUACAGCUGUGA